GGCAUCACGCACGAGCACCGACGCACCCAUGCCUAUGGAGGAAACGUACAUGCCAGAUGGGCCAGAGGCUCAGCGUAUAGCGAGGACAAUCCCGUUCUACCCGUUCAAAGGAAUUGAUCGAUUCUACGAUAUCGGAGGCAUGUGCGCUGAUCCUGAAGCCUUCGCUUUGGCCGUCAAGAUCUUCGCCGAUAGAUACAGGGGCAUGAAGAUUGACUCCAUUGGUGGUUUCGACGCUCGAGGCUUCAUUCUCGGCCCGCCGGUGGCUCUCGCGCUCAACAUCCCGUUCUUCAUGCUAAGGAAAAAGGGGAAAAUGCCAAACGUCAUCGAUGGAGCGGCGUACUCCAAGGAGUACAAGGGGGACGAUGGGGCCGGCCAGGACGCCUUGUGCGUGCAGCGCUCGGCGGCCACGGCGGGGCAGCGGGUAGUUCUUGUGGACGACUUGGUGGCAACUGGGGGCACGCUGAUGGCCGGAGUCGACCUCGUCAAGGGGUUGGGUGCUGAGGUGGUGGAGUGCGCGUGUAUGAUCGAGCUGAAAGCGUUGAACGGCGUUGGCAAGCUGCACGAGCGCCAUGGGGACGUACCUGUGUGGUCACUCAUCAGCGAGAACAUCCUCACCGUCAAGGGCGAGGAAAUCAGCUAGGCUAGUUAAGCAGCGUAGCAUCGCACGAUGCAGGGGACGUCUAUCUGCGCGUGUGGUCAACACCAAGGGGAUAUUGUUCCCCUUUUGUUCAGGGAGACGUGAACGCACAAUACAUGGCCGUGCUGUUUUUUGGCGCAACGGUACCCGCACCUUAACCCUUUUGUGACUGGGUUUUCCCUCUGGAUCAUCCGGGUUUUUUUUUCCUCAACUGGGCGAAGAGACCGCUGACAUCAUGAAGGCCAAGGCUGUGGAACGCACAUGUUUCAACCACCGUCUCCCGUUCACUACACAUGUACUGGUAUCUCCCACAUGCACUCAAGUAAACAUCGUCGCAUCCACACGUC